AUAUUGCAAUGGAGGAGGAAGUGGAAGUCGAACCUCCACUCGCGGUCCUAUUGGCUCCGAAACGCGGGAAAACAACCAAGACCAAGCGAAAAACCCAAGCAGCAACAACAUCCACUGAUCAGAACCCAGACCCAGACCCGGAGCCAGUUCGAAUCGACCCGGAGCCUGUUCGGAUUGAGCCGGAGGGAGCCGGAGACAGUUCGAAUCGGGGAAGAAGGCUCGAGGAAUGGGCCUAGGGUUAGUGUUUCCAUGUUCGACGACUCGGUGGAGAAUCACUUCAGAGUUAUGGACACCAUUGCCAAGCUCUGCGGCGAGGCGGAGGAGGAUCGCGGCGUCGAAGACGGCGAGAUUCAACGCUUAUCGUCCUCAGUUACCUUCCUAAGGGAAUGGGCGGAUUUUAAGUAUGGACCUCGAGAUGUUCGAUUUGCUUGUGGAGUUGGAAGUCCUGAGGAGAAGGAUGUCGUCGGCGGGAUAAACUUGCGGCAAUUUUCUUCUGCAACAGUUCCUAAGAACGAGGCACUUUCUGGGGACGCACCAUCUCCGGAGUUGAGCCAAGACUUUGUGAUGUAUGUUGGAGGGCCUGUUUGGGCGUUGGAUUGGUGUCCUAGAGUUCAUCGAAGUAGUGAUGAUCAUCCAAAAUGCGAGUUUAUUGCCGUAGCUGCUCAUCCUCCUGGAUCUUCUUAUCACAAAUUAGGCGAGCCACUGACUGGAAGAGGAGCCAUUCAGAUAUGGUGUCUUUUAAAUGUUGGUGUAAAUAAGGAAGACAUACAUUCAGUAGUAGAAAAGCCAAAGCAGGGGAGUAAGAACAACGGAGCCAGACAAGAAAAAUCAACUGAACCAAAGAAGCCUUUAGGGAGGCCUAGAAAGAAGCCAAUAGAAGAAAAAUCAACUGAACCAAAGAGGUCCAGAGGAAGGCCUAGAAAGAAACCAAUUGAAGAAUCUGCUGACAAAGAGGCCACAGAAGAAAAAUCAACUCGACCAAAGAGGCCUAGAGGAAGACCUAAAAAGUAUGCAACAGAAGAUUAUGUUGACAACUUGGAUGAAAGCAAUAUUUAUGUUGAGAUUCCUGCCAUUGAAUAUCCAGAGGGAUCACUAGAGUUGCCUUCUACGGAUUGUGCUCCUGAAAAUACUCAUGUGCAUGCUGUACAAGAAGAUCAUGGUAAAAAACGAAAGAGUUACAAACAUGUGGGAUCUGCAUCUGAUCCAGCUUGGAAAUCACAUGUUUGGAGGAGAAAAUUAAAUAUUAUCGAAAGUGCAGGGAGUGAUAACAGUGAUACAUGUCCACCGUUGUCAAAUCAAGAUGGGGAGAAAAGAUCAUUUGUUUCAGAUCAUCAUACACAGCAGAAUUCAGGACAGGUUCCUCGUAACAGUUAUGCAUGUCCACCGUUGUUGAAUCAAGAUGGGGAGAAAGGACCACUUGUUUCAGAUCAUCAUACACUGCAGAAUUCUGGACAGGAUCCUCAAACAAGUAAAGAUGUUCAAAAUAAUGGUUACUCUGAAAUUGGCUCGACCAGGUGUUCAGUUCCGACGGACGUAGCAUUGCCACGAAUUGCAUUAUGCCUAGCUCACCAUGGAAAGGUUGCCUGGGAUGUGAAAUGGCGUCCUCUUAAUGAACGUGAUUCCAAAAGCAAGCAUCGGAUGGGCUAUCUUGCUGUGCUGUCAGGAAAUGGGUCUCUGGAAGUGUGGGAUGUUCCUCUUCCUCAUGUAAUUGAAGUUAUUUAUUCUUCUUCAUGUGGUGAGGGCACUGAUCCUCACUUUGUAAAAUUAGCGCCAGUUUUCAGAUGCUCAAUGUUGAAGUGUGGUGGUGAAAAGAGCAUCCCUCUUACUGUGGAAUGGUCACCUUCACCACCUCAUGAUUACCUACUUGUUGGAUGCCAUGAUGGAACGGUUGCUUUAUGGAAGUUUUCAGCAAGUAAUGCAUCUCAAGAUACAAGGCCUUUACUUUGCUUCAGAGCAGAUACAAAUCCAAUUAGGGCACUUGCUUGGGCCCCGGCUGAAAGCAAUUCAGAGGGUGUCAAUCUUAUAGCUACUGCUGGACAUGGAGGCCUAAAAUUUUGGGACCUGUGUGAUCCAUUCCGUCCGUUGUGGGACCUAGAUCAUUUACCAAGGUUCAUAUAUAGUCUGAAUUGGCUUCCAGAUCCAAGGUGUGUUAUUUUAUCCUUUGAUGAUGGAACAAUGAAAGCUAUCAGCUUGGUGGCUGCAUCCGAUGACCCUGUAACAGGAAGGGUUGGAACAAAACAACCGGGCCUGCAUAAUCUCAGUUGUUUGCCCUUUGCUAUCUGGAGUGUUCGCAUCGCGAUUAACAGGUAUGGUUGCAUAUUGUGGUGCAGACGGAACUGUUCUCCGCUUCCAGCUUACAACCAAAUAUCUGGAGAAAGAUCCUCGACGGAACAGAGCCCCACAUUUUCUGUGUGUGUCAUUGACAAUGGAGGAAUCUGCUAUAAUCAUCAAUACUCCGGUAUCAAAUUCCCCUUUCCCACUGAAGGUAGUUUGCAACAAUGCCGAGUCAAACAGAGUGAAAACUACUAAUGAUAAGACGGCAAAGGAUAACACAUCGGAAGAUCAAAGUUUAGCUUUAUGUUUUGGUGAUGAUCCCUGUAUUGAAUCGGACACUGGGGGAAAAUUGGCAUCUCUCAAAAGCCGAAAAACGCAGAAAUCCAAGUCCAGCAUGAAAACGCCAGAUGAUGACAGGGCAAUGGUAUGCAUAGAUGAAGAGCCGACUAAUCCGCAGGAACAAGAAACUGGGGCGGCUUCUCUCGAAAGCAAAAAAGCAAAGAAAUCAAAGUCCAGUAAGAAAAAGCCAGAUGAUGACCAAGUAUCGGUAUGCAUGGAUGAAGAGCCGACUAAUCGAGAAGAAGAAACCGUGAAAGAGCCUGAAGUUUUUCCUGACAAAAUAGUAGCAAUGCAUAGAGUGAGAUGGAACACGAACAAGGGUAGUGAGAGAUGGCUGUGUUAUGGAGGGGCAGCCGGAAUUAUUCGUUGUCAAGAGAUUGUUUUGUCCGACGUCGAUAAGGCGUGGACAGCAAAGAGAUGAGAAGCCAUGUUUCUUGUCUAUAGUUUUGUCUGUAAAAAGGAAAAGAGAGAACGAAAUUAAUCUAUGAAACAGAGAAGUAAUCAAAUUUUGAGUUAGUUAA